GUCGCGAAGAGCGCGAAACACCCAAAGGCGGUGAUGUAGUGAUGGACCUGUGGGUGACGCUCGAGGAGCUGUAUUCGGGCAAUUUUGUGGAAGUGGUGCGCAAUAAGGCUGUGUAUCGGCCGUCUCGGGGCACCAGGAAAUGCAAUUGCCGUCAAGAGAUGGUCACCAGACAGUUAGGCCCCGGAAGGUUCCAAAUGAUGCAGCAACAGGUCUGCGACGACUGCCCGAACAUGGAGUUAACCAAUGAGGAGAAGUUACUGGAGAUCGAAGUGGAGGCCGGUAUGAAAGACGGACAGACGCAGACAUUUGUGGCCGAAGGUGAGGCGCACAUCGAUGGAGAACCCGGUGAUCUGAAAGUGAGAAUCCGAACGCAACCUCACAACACGUUUGAGAGGAGAGGCGACGACCUGUACGUGAAUGUGACCAUUUCGUUGACGGACGCGUUGGUGGGCUUUGCGAUGACAAUACCUCAUUUGGACGGCCAUAAGGUGCAGGUGAGCCGCGAUAAGAUCACUUGGCCCGGCGCUAGGCUUAGGAAAGCCGGCGAAGGGAUGCCUAACUACGAGAACAACAACCUUCGCGGCACUCUUUACAUCACUUUCGACGUGGAGUUCCCUAAAGGAGAGCUCAAUGAAGACCACAAGAAGGAAAUUAAAGACAUUCUCAAUGAAAGCUCCAAAACUAAGGCCUACAACGGCUUAAGAGGCUAU